CAAAACAAAACGAAACCUUCUCGGUCAAAUUCUUGAUAUUGCCGAUCAGGUCCCAGACUAGCUAGUCCCCAUCAUCGACGACUUAGAUUCAUUUAUUUCGUGUUGCUGUGCCGUAUAUACAGCAAAGGGCACUUAGGUAGCUGUUGAUGUGGUAACAACAAGCUCGGCAAGGAACAAUCAGUAUUGCCAUCUCAAUCGUCGUCGCAACGUCUACCUUAUAAGACAUCACUGGCCGACAAGCAAAAUCUGCUGUCGUAUACGGCCCAUUUGCUUGAAUAUUUCGCCCAACAUGUCGGGACGCAGUGCGUAUGUCAGGAAGAAGAUCACAGAGCCCAAGACGGGUGAGAAAGGUGCCGCAGGGGGGCGAGGGCGAUCUAAAUCAAGUGGUGCUCGGAUGUCAGCUGACGAUGCUUCUAUCUAUGAUCAUCCCAUGCCACCCAGCACUGGACUAAGCACGGCCAACGCUCGGCUUCUCAAGUUCUCAGAUGCGGCUUUUGAUGGUGAUGCGGUACACUAUCGUUCCGAGCUGGCGAAUAUCAACAUCAACAACAGCAGUGGUAGUCAAAGCGGAAGCAGUGAGAAUGGGAAACGAGAUGGUGGCGUACAGCGUCAGGGGCCAAUGGCAGAUUAUGCGUACGCCAGAGCACGAAAGCCUGUGCUGAAGACGGAAGAUGUGUUGGGUAUCGAGCGAUCAGGGUUUCGCAGUGUAGUGGACAAGAAGAGCGACGACAUUCGAAAGGGACUGACUAAGGCGUUCACGCUUGGGCUGAAGAAAAAGAAGGAACCUGAUGUUGCUGACAGAGCGCCGUCAUCGGCCACAAUACGGCCUCCUCCCUAUUAUGACGCCGACGACUACGAUUCUAACGAUAUUCCUCCUCUGCCGGCUCUACGGCCGCCUGGCGGCAUGUGGGAUGCAGAUCAUCAAUCACUCAUGACACCGCCGCCUUCAAGCAAACUCCCUCCCCUCCCUCCUCAUUCCCCGCCGCCGCCCAUCAAACGCUGGAUUGGUGCUGGAAAGCCAGCACAGAGGUGGAAUAAGCUGCGGAAAGAUCCCGAGCUCUGGGAUCACAAUGGCGACGUCCUAGUGUACUUCGGGCGGAAAGACCACCACCUGCGGCCCAAUCCCUCUUUUCGGCUCUCAUCUCAUAUCAUCGAAUCUACAGAAUCGCGACUCCUCGUCACUCUUCUUCGCGAAGGAUCUACGGAAGAUGACUUUUCCCAGAUCGACCUGCCUCCGUCUCCCGUCGGAGCACCACCCAUGCUGCGGCAUAACAGCUAUGGGCAGAUUGGCCAGGCCACACCACCCGUAUCGGAAGACAAUACGAACGCAGAUGUGGACGGCCAGAUCUCGUACGAGAUGUACUUCCCUACGCCGGCUAACCUAUCCAAAGCGGAGACUCAUCGUCACAUGAUCACUACGCGCAACGUCUUUGCUGUCUUGUACCACGCUUCUCUUGUCGGCCUAUCACUAUUUCAAGCCUUGCAUGAUCUCCUCGAGCGGCUUGACGGCUACAUGGAACCUGACGCAGAUAACGUUGGUACAAUCAUCAACUACCUGUCAGCGCGCGGCAUUGAUGACGCGCGGAACGAUCCGGAGACCGCCGUAUCGCUGCUCGCGUGGUCUGAAACGCCCGAGGUUCGGUGGGAAGAGGGUUGGCGGGAAGCUUUCCUUCACUGUGCCGGCAUGUAUUCGCGACUCGAGGACUGCGCCGACUUCCGACAUCUGACGCCAAUCACGCGCGCCCUUCUGGAACGUGCCUGUCUUGAAACCCAACUUCGCGUGCAAGGGGCUGCGGAGCGUCUUGCAGACUUUGAAUUCCCGGAGGCUUGGGGACCAGCGGUACGCAAUGGUAGCAUAGGGAAAGCGGCAGCUGGGCGACUCCGGCAAUUUUUCGUCAACUACUACGCGAGGGUAUAUGGUACGUGGCCGCCCGCAGAGACCGGGGCGCGCACAACGGAUGGUGAGGAAACAUGGCUUACAAGGCCAGUGGCGCAGAUGCUACAGAAAGACUUCGGCGCGCUGUACGACUACCUCGUAAAUCGUGAUAUCGUGUGGGAUGAGUCGGAGACCCGCAGCAGCCGGAAAUGGAUGAUGGUGUCAGAGAGCGGAAAUAAGUCCUUCGACGCCGAUAGUGAAGACCUCCCGCUCACGGACCUGCUGAUCGAGUUUGACAACCGCAUGCGCUUCCCACACAUUCCGCAUCCAUAUCCGCUGGUACCGGACUCCAUCCCGCCGUCCACCUCCGCCACGCCGGGCAACUCCAGAGAUAGGUCGAGGAAGGAAAAGCACGGGAAACAAGCGCCUGAUGACCGGAAUCUUGAGCGCAGAAUCCAACUCGCGUACACCGAGGCUACGAAUAUCUACAGUCUCGGCUCCGAGUUUACGCGCUCAGACCUAAUUGAGGGCUUCGUGAAGUUUGAGAAGACUGACCAGAUUGGUGCUGUAGAUCCCUAUUGCGCGCGUCGCGGCCGCUGGGUUGUCGUGUACGCCACCCUCCAAGUUCUGGCCAGCGUCUCAGUCGACUCGCCCAACGCGCGUUACAAAGACGGCGUCUCGUAUCAUCUAUCUCCACAACUGGGAGGCACACGCACGCCGCCAUGGAAGGGCGUCUCAACGCCUUCCCUCGAGGCUAGUCACGAACUCUCUCACUGCUGGGUCGUCCCGCGUACCUGGCAUCAGCAAGCGAUCGACAGCGCCGGGUCCGAUACCUCUGCGACCUCCAACGGGACCGACCCUGUAGCCCACAUGAUCCGCAGCCGCGCCCGACAACAGCAAAAGUUUCCGCUACCGCCACCGAGCCGCUCCGGAUUCCGCACGCCAUCUGCACAGAGUGUACGCUCGAGCACGACAGCUACACCGACAAUGUGGGGCGGUUCGUCUGCCAUGAGUGUCUACUCAGAUGACACGGCGAGUAUCAACGGGAGGAUUCUGGCAGCGCAGCAAUAUCACGGCCAAGCGGCAGGGUACGCAAACAAGGGCCUUCCACGCCCGCCGCCGCGCAGUCGCGGGAAUGAGAGCGUACGCAGCGAUAGGAGUGCGAACACCGUGUUUGGCCCCGGCGGGAUCAUAAAGCCGAGUCCGUUAAACAUGAACAGCAACGUUCCCAGGACGAAUCUCACAGCACUUCUCAACGCAGCCACCAUCCAGGCUGAGGGAGCUCCGCCUCCUCCACUUCCUCCCCCACAAUGGCCCGCGCGGACGCAAUCCAUGUAUCGCACACAGCCACCCGCGCCGCUAGACCUGACGUCGAUAACAGCGGACAGCAACGCCAGACCGGAAGGAGGCGGACAUAUAUUUGCCCAGCUGCGGCCGCAAACGCCGACAAGCAGUCGAGGCUGCGAGGCACCAGCAGCAAGCAAGACCCUUCCUCUCCAGUUAUCGCCGCUCGCGCCCGACGUUCUGGCCCCCGUAAUUCGCGACUUCGACGAGCUAGAGUCGGUGGCUGAAGAGAAGGUGUACGAGAAGAUGAUUUGAACACGAAAGACAGGCACGGAAAGCAAACUACAUCAAAAUACUUAUACUAUAUACAUCAUCAUCUAUCGGGGAUUUGACCAUGACAUCCAAGAAUACAAAACAAAAGCAACGAGUGAACGAACACUCUUGUACUGUGCUACUAUAUACCUGGUAGCAUACUUCAUCACACAACUUUGACUACAUAAUGCAUGCCACUGAGAAUGGCGAGGUGCAGGAAACGGUUCCCAGAGUCCCAUGGCUACGCAAAACACUUCAUCUCCUUUUCUAACCAUCUUCCCUUCUGCUGAUCUUCAUUCUUUUGUCUUCUGGAUGACUGCGAACGGAAACCUUGAUACCAAACAUACAGUUUUUACAUCUAUGUAAUCAAAAUACCGUUGUUAUCGACCGGGCGGAUGGGUUGGGGAUAAGGCUGGGCUAGGCUAGUAGCAUUUGCCUCUGCGGCUGUUUGUGUCUUGGUUAAUGUUGUACUAGUACAGAUAAAUAAAUAUACUCAGACCAAUGCAUUUUUUGUCCCCUUCUCUUGCGUGAU